UAACAUCUCAAGGCCACUACCUCAAGCAUAACUUGCAUAGACUAUUGAUUAAGAAAGCUAUUGUCAUUGAUUUGCUAGCUCCAACAAUGGGUUCUAGCAGAUUAUCAUUCAUUUUAGUACUUGUGCUUGUAACAUUUUCAUCCAUGAUCAUUGACUCAAGGGUUGCAGAGGCACGUACCCUGCCAAAAUCAGCCUUAUUGCCUUCCAAAGUUGAUAUACCUACUGCUGUUCCUCUUCCAGCCUUAGUGCCAUUGCCACCACUGGCAAAUUUGCCUGUUACUCUCCCUCCAGUGCCUGAACUACCUGCAGUACCUAAAGUACCAAUUCCUGAAGUAAUAGUUAAUAACGCCAAAAUAAUCCCUUGAGUACCUAUGAUCUAUCCAGUCACUACUACUUAUUUUGUCACUUGCUAAAUUAACUUGUUGUUGCCAUCCCAGGGUGGUUCUGGUUCUGUUGGGAUUUAAUUUCUGUCAUUCAAUUACAUGCUAUGUUCAGUUUAUAUGUUGCUUCAGUCAGUUGAACUUCAGCAUAUUAUUUAUUGUGACCUGUGUAAUGUAAUGUAUCAACUUAUCUUCUAGUUCAAUAAAUUCUGGAAUUUCUGAAUACUGUCA